AUGCUCUCCAAGCUGCAGACAGCCACUGGCGGCUUCACAGAGGAAGAGCCCUAUUUGUGGGGCCUUCCCUUAUCAGAUGCUUCGAGCCCCGAAGAGCUUUCGCCUCGGCGGAUAAGUUUGGGGGUGGAGGAGACGCUGUCUGUACACUCGACGCCCACGCAGUCUGCGGAGCCCACGGACCCCUGCAGCAGCAGCAGCAGCAGCCUUGCUGCUGCUGCUGCUGCUGCUGCUGCUGCUGCUGGGGGCCCUGCUGCUGCGGCAGCAGCAGGCCUCCAGGUGGCGGGCACGGCGGCGGCAGCAGCCGUGUUUGACGCGCUGCACGCCUCAAAGCGGGAUUUUGCUGCUGCUGCUGCUGCUGCUGCUGCUGCUGCUGCUGCUGCGCCCGCCCCCACUCCCGCUGCUGCUGCUGCUGCUGCUGCUGCUGCUGCGCGACCGCUGCUCAAGAGAAGAUUUGUGGGGUUGGAAGCAACUGUGGUGCUUUCGGGGGGCGCUCUUGAGGUGUACAUACACUCGCCGCUGCUGGAGGGCCCCUGCGCAGCAGCAGCAGCAGCAGAAGACGGGGUUUCGGGUGUACAGACAGCUCUCAGCAGCAGCUUGUUUGAUGAGGAGCAGGAAGAUGACCUCUUUGCUUCUUCUGCUGCUGCUGCUGCUGCUGCAGGCAGCUGCUGCAGCAGCGCGGACUUCGAGGCCGGCUGCGCGGCGGCCGCGGCCCAGCAGCAAGACAGGUACUGCCGCCCGCUGCUGCAGCAGCAGCAGGCGCCGCAGCAGCAGGAGCAGCAGCAGCAGCAAAAGCCGCAGCUGCUGCAGCAGUGCAGCUGCUGGCCCUUUGCAUGCGCGGAAACCUGCGGGCAGCAAGAAGCAGCAAGAUGGAGAGGAGACAUUAUUUUGGGGUCUCCUCCGGGCCUUAAUUGUCCCUGCUGCAUUCGCCAGGGGAUAGCUGCUGCGCCCCCAGCAGCAGCAGCAGCAGCAGCAGCAGCAGCAGCAGCAGCAGCAGCAGCGGCGGCAGCGCCGACCGCUGCGGCUUCGUCGCAGCAGUCAAAGACACUAGCGGCGGCACCAGCUGGCAGCUGGCGAGCCCACCAGCAACAACAGCCACAGCAGCAGCAGCAGCAGCAGCAGCAGCAGCAGCAGCAGCAGCAGCAGCAACAGCAGCUGCAACAGCAGCAUCUGCUGCAGCAGCAGCAGCAGCAGCAGCAGCAGCAGGGACAAAGGAGCCAAAGCAGCGAAAAGGCUGCAGUUAAUACAGUGCCUGUGGGGUGUACGUACACCCCGAGAACUUUUGCUCUGAGAGUGCUGAAGCUGCUGCAGGUCAUGCUCAGGGUCUGGUGCUGCGCUUCGUUGGGAUCUGCUGGGGACCAGCAGCAGCAGCAACAGCAACAGCAGCAGCAGCAACAGCAGCAGCAGCAGCAGCAGCAGCAGCGCGUGCCUCUGCUUCUGCUCCUCGUUGAGGUUUCUGGCGCAGCAGCAGCAGCAGCAGCAGCAGCAGCAGGCGUUCGAGCAGCGGCCGCUGCAGCAGCACGGUGCAGCAGCCCCAACAACAUAAACACCGCAGCAACGGAAACAGAAGGCACAGCAGCAGCAGAGGCGCAGCAGCAGCAGAAGCAGCAGCAGCGGCUGCAGCAAGAUGUAGCAGCAGCAGCAGCAGGAAUAGCAGGAGCAAAGCAGCGAAUCAGAAGACAGGAAGAGCUGCAGCAACAGCAUCAUUUAGCAGCAACAAGCAUGAGACUACUGCAACAGCAGCAGCGGCAGCAGCAACAGCAGCAACAGCACAGCUAUGGUCACAGCAGCAGCAGCAGCAGCAGCAGCGGUAUAGCAGCAGCUGAAGCAGCAAACGUAGAAGCAGAGGGGGCUGCAGCAGCAGCAGCAGCACAUUUGAUGACCUCGGGAGAAGUAGAAGCACCAAGGGCAGCGGACAUAGCAGCAGCAGCGGUUGCAGCAGCAGCAGCAGCAGCAGGAGCAGCACAUGUAGCAGCAGCAGCUUAA